CCAUCGGCCGACAUCAUUACCGUUUGGAAACACAGUAUAAGAUUACAGGCUUUCGUGUCUAUAAAGCAACGCUUCAGUGAAGCAGAAGUCGAAAUCGAACACAGCAGCCAGUCUCGAAUUUGACCUUUUUUUCGAAUCGAUCACGAUGGAUAAGUUCAAGAAGGUUUCACUAAUCGGUGCGGAUGGUGUAGAUGCUAAGACAAGCUCAUUACCUCUCGUGUUACCGAACAACAUGAAAUACGACUCAAAAUCUGGCAGUCUUACACACAUCACGGGGGUGAAACGCACUCAUUUGGAGAUAGUUCCAUCAACUCUGGCUCUACUAGCAAACAUACGGGAUCCUGUGGCAGUGGUGUCGAUUGGAGGCAUGGCUAGAAGUGGAAAAUCGUAUAUUUUAUCGAGAUUAUUGGGCUCGUGCGAUGCGUUCAAGCUAGGCCACAGUAUGGACCCGGAGACUUUCGGAAUAUGGAUUGGGACUCAAGUCUUAAAGACAGAUCACUUCACAGUCCUGCUGGUUGAUACCGAAGGCAUUGAUUCUGCAUCAGCAGAGAAAAAGAAUGACAUAUCUUUGUUGGUUUUGACGAUAUUACUCAGCUCUUAUUUCAUCUUCAACACAUUAUCCGUACCAAGACAAUCCCAACUCGAGGAACUACAAUGUUUUGUGCAGCUUGUGACUGGUCUUCGGGUAAGUCGCGAAGGAGAAGAUGAUUAUAGAAAAUUUUCCACGGUUUUUCCAGAUUUUCUCUGGCUUCUUCGCGACGUCACCCUAACACCAACUGACGAAAAAGGAAACGAAAUUGAUCCGAAAACGUUUCUCAUGGAUCGCGUUCUUAAACCAAGCGGUGGUUUCGAAGAAAAGCCGAGUGACAAGGUUGCCAAGGCGCUGAAGAUGUUUUUUCCAUCCAUCGAUUGUAUCGCUCUUCCUCCACCAUCAGAGAACGCCGAGAUCAUGAGGAAUAUCGAACAGAAUGAGGAUAAAUUAUCGCCAAAGUUUAAAGCAGCUGUACCAGGAGUUACAAAUCAUAUCUUCAGCAAAAUCAAACCAAAGACUGGAUACAGCACGGAUUCUCGUGUAACUGGAGCACAGCUUGCGUGCAUGUUGGAGACUUAUGUUAAAGCGGUGAAUGACCCGAGCGCCAUUCCAGUGAUGGAAACAAGUUGGCAGACAUCGCUGAGAGUCAUCGCAGAACGUUUUCACAGCGAGUGUCUGGAGUUGUAUAAGAAAGGAAUGGACGCUGCUCUGGAGGAACGUGAUAAUAUACCCCUGGAAACCACAGGUGAAGGGACGACGAUUGUUAGUGUACACAGGAAAUAUUACACCUCAGCACAACAGCAUUUGAGAAAAGGUUUGGGUCCAAUGUCUAACGAGGCUGAACUGUCCAAAUUUUUGAGCAAUCUUCAGCAAGCUGUGUUUGGUACGAAAGGCAAAAGUACUGAAGGCGAACAUAAAACAGGCUUAUUUCACGAAUACUGGCGACAAAACAACGAGAUGUCCGUCGAGUAUUGCGAGAAAAUCCGGGAUCAGUUGUGGAAAACAAUUUCAGAAAAGCUCUCGAAGGAAAACAGUGGAUACACGUAUGAGCAACUCAAAGAAGAUCUCAAAAGAUUUGAAAUAGACUACAGGCAAAAUGCUAAAGGUCCGGCAAAGGAAAAGGUUUAUGGUGAUUUCCUUGAGUUCGUGAAGUCAGAGGAGAAGACGUUUUCGAAGCUGCAGGAUUUUAAGGAAGAAGAAUUCCAGGAGAAGCAGAAGACGCUCGAGAUGAACGCGAGACUCGAGGAAAUUCAGGAGGAACAGCGACGUGUUGAGGACACCAUGUUGGAAGAGAUGGAGGAGCAUAAACGACAAGCUACAAAACUGAGCGAAGAGUAUAACGAGAAAAUUGAUAAGAUGAAACAGGAAGAAAGAGAGGUGUACUUGCAGCGCAUGCGUGAACAGAUGGAGAUGAUGGAAAGCACGAUGACAAAGAACGUGAGCGCUUUACAGGAGAUGGCGAGCAAGAACAUGAAGUUUAUUGAAGAGAGCGUUAAAAUGGCGCGGGAGGAAGCCGCCGAGCAGCGAAAACAAAUGGUUGAAAUUGUUAAAACUGUACAAGAAAAGAAUGCUCAAAUUGCCAAAGACCUCGCAGAACAAACAAAAAAGAAGAGAACGAGUCCAUUUGAAGCACUCACGGAUUUCAUUCCUGUUGUAUCAGCCUUCACGAGCCUUCUAGGAUCGUUUCAUAAACCAAAAGCAAAAUAAUUUCAAGGAUAAAUUAAAAUAUGUAUCACAGAGCUGAUUAAAAGAAUAAUAAAAGAAGCGAGAUUGGU